GUUGCGUUUACUGUGAGAUCCGAACAUCUACUCAGUAUCUUGUGGAGUAUCAUCGAGUGAGGAUGUCCAGUCUGACCACUUGUCUCGCGAUUUUUGCGGCUUUGGCCGCAUUCGCGUUCGCCCCAAUUGCCGCCCAAGCCACCGCAAAGGUCAUCUGUUACUACGACAGCCGGAGUUUUGUGCGUGAAGGCCUAGGCAAGACUAAUAUUAAUGACAUCGAACCUGCUCUUCCCUUCUGUACGCACUUAGUUUACGGUAAUGCUGGCAUAAAUGGUGCUACCAACAAACUUGUCUCCUUGAAUGAGAAUCAAGAUCUCGAUCAAGGCAAAGGCCAUUAUAGAGCAAUCACAGCGCUGAAACGCAAAUACCCCGGCCUAAAAAUUCUCCUAGGUGUUGGAGGUGGAGCUGACAGUGAUAGUGAAAAAUAUCUAACCCUUCUGGAGUCUAGUGCAGGUCGCAUUUCAUUCAUCAAUUCUGCCUACACUCUUGUUAAGACAUACGACUUUGAUGGCCUGGACCUUUCAUGGCAGUUCCCAGUCGUGAAGCCCAAAAAAAUUCGCGGAACUGUGUCAUCCUUCUUCCACAAACUAAAGAAACCCUUCACCUCAGACACCCCAGUUGAUGAGAAAUGGGAAGAACAUAGAGAAGAAUUUACGGCAUUAGUCCGUGAACUUAAGAACUCUUUCCGACACGACAACUACCAAUUGGCUCUAACUGUUCUGCCUAAUGUUAAUUCAUCCAUUUAUUUUGACGUCCCAGCUAUUAUUAACAAUUUGGAUUAUGUUGCUCUGGCUGCUUUUGACUUCCAAACUCCAGAACGCAAUCCCAAAGAGGCUGAUUACCCUGCCCCACUUUAUGAACUCCCAGAACGCAAUCCUGAAUCCAAUGUCAAUUACCAGGUUCAGACAUGGAUGGGAGGCAGAGCUCCAGCAUCUAAGAUUGUUGUGGGUAUUCCCACAUAUGGACGUUGCUGGAAAUUAGGUGAAGAUUCCGGACUUACGGGAGUCCCACCUCUACGUACUCCUAAAGAGGGUCAUCCUGAGGGUCCUCAGGUUAAAAUUCCAGGUCUUGUGAGUUAUCCUGAGGCCUGUGCUAAACUACCCAACCCUUCAAAUGCCCACCUAAAGGGAGAAGAUGCUCCACUGAGGAAAGUUGGUGAUCCAACCAAACGUUUCGGAACCUACGGAUACCGCCUAGGUGAUCCCGACCGAGACUACGAACAUGGUCUUUGGUGUAGUUUCGAGGAUCCUGACACCGCUGGAAAUAAGGCUGGAUAUGUGAGAGCUAAAGGUCUGGGAGGUAUUGGAAUCUUUGACCUAACUUUGGAUGACUUCCGUGGUUCCUGCUCAGGAGACAAAUUCCCUAUUCUCAGAGCUGCCAAAUACCGUUUGUAAAUUAGACUUGAGAACCUCAAUUAGACACAACUGUUUCAGAUUUUCUAUUUUGUGUAAAACAUUUCAAUAAAAUGUAUUUGUGUA